AUGGCGCUAAAUCUUCUGGGACACUUUCCUCACCUCCUAUUGCUGCUGGGAUUAUGGGGGCCAAUGCAUCCGCUUUUUGCUGUGCCUCCGAAUUUGACCAGGGCUCAAUGGUUUCAAAUCCAGCAUUUACGGCCAAGUCCUCUACCAUGCAAUCAGGCAAUGGGAGGUGUCAACAGUUAUACCAACCAUUGUAAGGGUCUAAAUACCUUUCUGCAUGAUUCCUUCCACAAUGUGGCUGCUGUCUGUAACUUGGCAAACAUCACCUGCAGGAAUAGAUCCACCAACUGCCACCGGAGCCCAAACCGUGUUAACAUGACCGUGUGCAGCCUCACUGCAGGAAGGUAUCCUAAUUGCAACUACAACAGGGCUGCAGCGUACAAGUUUUUCAUUGUUGCCUGUAAUACCCCUCAGGUGGGAGACCCUCCCUAUCCCUUCGUUCCUGUGCACUUAGAUGGGGUCAUUUAACUUUUCCUUAUCACUUUUCCUCUCUCUUGGCACAGGUUCUCUUACAAUCUCUUCUGCUUUUUGUUUUCUUCUCUCGCUUUCCCUUUUUCCCACAGAAGAAGAAGAAAGGUAAUGGAAGAAUUAGAGUGCCUAGGAUACUAGACCAACGUUGCGACCAAGAGAAAUAAUUUCUUUCUGUUUUGGGUCUCUGUCUGUUUUAAAGGAAGGCAAUAGGAAAGAGGGCAAAGAAGGGUCCAGUCUUCCAGAUUUUUAACUUUGGGACUUUGCAAGCUUUGUUACACUGUAUUUACAGCAAUAAAACCUCUUUCUGCUGCA